AUGGAAGCUACAAGUUCCCCUGAUGAAGCAGGUUUGGAUUCCACUCUCAAAUAUGAAAAAAGUCGAUAUAAUAAUGCCAAUGUAUUUCUCCCGAAUACUCCAAUUAUAAUCAAAAUUGUUCAUUCUUGCGAAUCCCAGAUAAUAAUAGAUGCUGGAAACCAGUUACAAUCAAGAACUGGGUCAUUAGCUGGGAAACAACUCCCCCAUGGCAGUCUUGUACUCACUAACCAGAGUUGGUACGAGCUAAGAUUGAAACAUGGAGAUUUUGAAUGGAGUGUUCGCCGCACUUUGGCGGAAUUAAAGUCCUUCCAUACUUCGUUUAUGCUACAGAGAGCCUUGCUAUCAAUAAGUAAUAAAAGAAAGGACAGCCGUCGAAAACUCAAUCCGUUUCCUCCAACUUUUGAAUUUGCUAAUGAGAAGAAACUAUAUAAUCGCAGAGUUAUGUUGGAAAAGUACAUUCAGAGCAUUAUCGAUGUACGAGAAUACCGAGAAACAGAUCUAGUCCUCAGACUUCUUGAAGUAUCACCUUUGUCUUUCGUGAAUUGUUCCGGUGGUUUGAAAUUAAAAGAGGAUUUUGUUAAUAAGUUGCCAUCGUACAAUUACUUUAAUAAGUGCUGUUGUGUGUCAGGAAUCUGUCUACAGAAGCGGUGGCUUAUUUUAAAAGAUAGCUACUUCGUAUACAUGAAACAACAUGGAGAUAAAGUGAAAGCCAAAGAUAUCGACAAAUCAGCAAAAGGAAAACUAAGACUGGCGUUUUCAAUUGAACUCAGUGGGAAAAACCGAUCAUGGCGUUUGUGUAAUAUAUUCUUAAUGGACCAAAACUUUGCGUUUAAAACGAGGAUAGUAGAGCGAUCAGGACAGUGUCAGCUGAAACUAUAUAAUUCCCUUGGCGAGUUAGUUGUCAUUUGUCAAUCAGAUGAUCGAAUGAAUGAUUGGAACAAAAGAUUUCAUACAAUACAAUCGUUUGGAUCAUAUGCACCUCCGAGGUCUGAUACGCAAAUAUGCAUGUUUAUAGAUGGGGCUUGUUAUAUGGAAGCCGUGGCUAAAGCAAUUUCUCAAGCGCAACACGAAGUUUUUAUUACUGACUGGUGUAUGCAUCCCACUGUAUUUCUUAGACGUCCAGUACGAGAUAACACAUGGCGCUUAGAUAUGCUGCUUCACGCAAAGGCAAAACAGGGAGUUAAAAUCUAUAUAAUGCUUUAUAAAGAAAGUGAACUCGCCGUUAAAUUUCGAAGCAUAAAAGUAAAGCGUUGGCUUCGAUCUCUGCAUUCUAACAUAUACAUAUACCGUUCUCCACGAUCUACACGCUUAUGGAGUCAUCAUGAGAAAAUGGUCGCUGUUGAUCAGUCAAUAGUUUUUCUUGGUGGAAUUGAUCUGUGCUUUGGUCGAUGGGACACCAAUAACCACAGGUUACAGGAUGUUCACAAAAUCGCUAAAGUUCAGGAGGUCAAUGCAGAAUUAAGAAGAAUAAAAAGUCUACGUAAACGAUCAAGGGGAACUUUACACCCUCAAGGUAAACAAAGUUCUGAUUUUGUUAACUUGGAAAUGCAAACAAUUGGCUCAGAAAGUGAUCUGACAAACUCAAGUUGUGAUCAAACGCCCAAGCCACGUCAUCGUAGACUGACUAAUGCGAUUCAACGUGCAGGAGAUGCAAUGCUUUCUAUUAUGUAUCAAAUGGCAUUGGAUAAAAAAGAAAGUUUAAGAGUUUUGAAUGCUCAAAUGAGUCCUGCUUACUGUGAGUCAGAAUGGGGAAACUAUGAUAAUGAUACGCAUUUAGUAUAUGAUAAUCCAUCUUAUGAAGACGAUGCUACAACAAAUGUUAUGAUACGCAAAGAAUUGGCCUCGCUGGAAGAGCUUUCACAAGCCGGUCAAAGAUGCACUUGGAUUGGACAAGAUUAUGUCAACUGGAGUUUAGUUGAACCAACUGCCAAAGAGCAUCCAGCAUUGGAUUUAGUAGAUAGAACAUGCGUUCCACGUAUGCCAUGGCAUGAUGUUGGCUGUGUGUUUGUUGGUACUGCUGCCUGUGACAUAUCUAGACACUUUAUUCAACGCUGGAAUCAAAUACGAUUCAGGAAAAUAAGGUCUGCACCAAAAGGAAGUGGAAAACGGAUUUUUCAACGUCUCGUACCUGGCUUGUUACCAUCACACCCAUGUUCUCCAUGGACUGAAACAAAGUUGUCAACGAUCCUUGUAGACCCAAGGCAAUCUGCAGUGUGUACUGUACAAGCUCUGCGAAGUGUUGCUAACUGGUCGUUAGGAGUUCAAUCGGGAGAUAAAAAAGGUUUCCGUAAAGCUUUCCGCAGAUUAUUUCAUCAAAACUUGCCUAGUCGGUACAAAAAUAACAUUGAUCUCGAUGAAACCAAAGAACAAAUUGGAUUAGAAAAGUCGGUUCUAAAUGCUUACAUUGAUAUGAUAAACCAGGCAGAAAACUUUAUAUAUAUUGAAAACCAGUAUUUUAUCAGCUACAUCCUAGGAUCACAAGAAGAUCAACACAGUGAUGAAGAUCUUGAAAGCGAAAAAAAUUCUACAAUUGAAAAAAGUCCUUAUGGACAAGCAUCUGAUCACCUUCAACCUAGUAACUCUAAUGCUUUGGUCAAAAAUCGCAUAUGUGAAGCCAUUUACCUUCGUAUUUUACGAGCUUAUAACGAAGGAAAACUCUUCCGUGUUUUCAUAAUGCUCCCUUCACUUACCGCGUUCAAAGGUGAAGUUGGGACUUCAUCUGGGACGUACAUACAUGCAAUUUUACACUAUACACGACAAAGCUUGUUUACAGGUGAACAUGCUUUAAUUCCCCGGUUGAAACAUGUUUUACCGAAUCCUGAAGACUAUGUUUCUAUAUGUAGCUUAAGAAAUUAUGACGAAUGGCCUGAUGGUUCUAUAAGAACAGAACUAAUUUACAUUCACAGCAAAGUUAUGAUUGUUGACGACAAGAAGAUGGUUUUGGGAUCAGCUAAUAUAAAUGAUCGAAGCAUGUUAGGAUUUCGUGAUAGUGAAUUGGGUAUUAUAAUCGAAAGUAACUCAGACAAUGACUUAAUUGAGGGAAAGCUUGGAAAUACAUGUGCAAAAGUACAUCCAUUUAUACAAAGAUUUCGCAGAAGUUUGAUGGCUGAAUUCCUUGGAAUGUUGCCAAAGAUUCCAAAAGAAUACAAAAUGUGUGUGCAUCAUGACCUGUUAGAUGACCCAGUGUCAAAUGAAUUUUUCCACGACGUUUGGAAUGCAACUGCUGUUAACAACGGAGAGAUUUUCGAGAAAGUUUUUAAUUGCAUACCUGGCUCAGGCUUGUUAACCUUUCGACAGUGCGCUGAAAGGAGAAAUGAAGUCCCAUUAAUUGUCAGUGAUCGUGAAAAAGCAAUUGAGUUACUUAAAAAUGUAAGAGGCUACUUAGUACCAUUUUAUUCUGAUUUCCUUGCGGACGAAUCACUAGUAUGUCCAGUAGGAAGUAUUGAACGAAUGAUUCCAGAAGUAAUUUGGACAUGA